ACGAGCUGUCAUUAAACGGUGGUGGUGCACGCAGUAGUGGUUUACCUCAAAACGAACGGACGAUCCUAAAAUUCCGAUCGCGGGGUUUUUUGACCAGCUGUCCCAGUUUCCGUAGCAUUUCACUAGUAACGUUUGGCAUUUAGCAGAAUGGAGAAAAUCAACCGUAAAUCAGCAGCCAGGGCAUCGAUUCAGCUGGGCGAGUUGGACUACACCCCGAUUCUGCUGGGAUGUAUCGUGAUUUUAGUGACACUGGUGCUGCUGUAUGUUUGGAAAAAGAAACGUUCCGCCCGUACGGAUGUGCUGCUGAUGGGACUGUGCGACUCUGGCAAGACACUACUGUUUUCACAAUUGAUAUUGGGCGAGGCGAAAGAGACGUUUACGUCCACCAAGGAAAAUUUGGGUUACUUGGCGACCGCCCAGGGCGAACUUCGCGUGGUAGAUAUUCCUGGCCACGAGAGACUGCGAGGAACGUUUUUUGAUCAGUAUAAAAAUUUCGCUAAAGCCAUCGUGUUUGUGGUUGAUAGCGUUACGGUGCAGAAGGAUGUUCGGGAUGUUGCUUACUUCCUGUAUACAGUCUUAGCAGACAAAGCGACGAACAAUUUGCCUUGCAUAGUUCUUUGUAACAAACAAGAUGAAACGCUAGCCAAGGGAGACUCCGUUAUUAAAAGCCUCCUUGAGAAGGAAAUUAACGUUGUGCGUCAAACGCGAAAAAGCCAGCUGCAAUCGGUGGACCAGAACAACACUGAUUCCGUCUUUCUGGGGAAACCUGACAAAGACUUUGACUUUAGUCAGGUGUCUCAAACCGUCAAAUUUGUGCCCUGUUCCGCUCAGGAAGUCCAGUUGGAUGAUUUGAUCACAUUUCUGGAUACGUUGUAAGAUCUGUCUGAGAGAAGAAACGCUCUUCUACUUUCUUCGUGUGAACAUUGAUUGAUGGGAGGGUUGUGUUCUUCCCAAUACAUUUUAGACCUAUGUUUCAUUUUUUCGGCAUGGCACCAGUAUUUUCUUUCGGUAAUAAAUGAUACGGUACUUUUUUAUA